AUGGCCAGCCCCGAGCAGCCUCGCGCUCCCCGCCCCCGGGCUCCGCGGCCAGCCGCCAGGGACCAGCCGGGCCCAGGCCAACUCCGCCCGGAACCCCGGCGCUGUGCGGCCGGCGGGGGAGCGCGCCGGGCCCGGGCCUGGCCCCCGAGCGGCCUGGCCACGGCCGGCGGAGCGCGCGCCCCCCCCCCCUCCCCGGCAGGCCGCGCCGGCCCCGCAGGGGGCCCCGGCGCCCUCUCGGCGCUCGGCCCUGGAGGCUGCGGCUGGGUGGCGGCCCGCGCUCCCUUCGCGCUCGCCCUCUCCUCCUCUGUCCCCUCCUCCUCUCCAUCUUCCUUUUACUUCUGGCCGCCGCCCCCUCUGCCCCCUCCCCCUUUUCUCCCCUCCUCAUCUGCCUUCCACCUCCCCGUACGUCUCCCAGGAAGGGAGGGCGCGGCGGCGGCGGCGGCGGCGGCUCGAGGAGGCGGCGGCGAUGCUGGCGGCGGCGGAGGAGGGGGACAAGAGGCAGCUCCCUUGAGCGUCCCCCCCAGCAGUAGUCACCGCAGCAGCGGUGGCAGCGGCGGCGGGCGGCGGCGGCUCUUCCUCUCGCCUGCGCUCCAGGGCUUGCUGCUUCCAGCCCGCGCCGGGCCCCGGCCGCCGCCGCCGCCGCCGCGGCUUCCCCUCGGCCCGGCCGCGCGCCGCGCCGACUCCCCAGGCUUCCCGGGCGCCGGCGGGGGCUGCCCCGGCCCCGGUCCCGCCGGUAGCGGCCGAGCUCCGCGGCGGCCCCGAGGCGCCGGCUUCGCCCUUGCCGCCGCGUUGCCGCUGCUCUUCGGCUCCGACAUGGAAGAUGGACCUUCUAAUAAUGCGAGCUGCUUCCGAAGGUUGACCGAGUGUUUCCUGAGCCCCAAAGCUAAUGGUAUAGAUGUAGAAGUCACCCACAGAGAUGUUACAGUUGAAGAGAUGGGGGUAGAGAAGACUUUGAAGGAAAAGAAUGUAGAAUGA